CACUUUGAUAAUAUCUUUCAAAAGAGUCUGUUAAAAAUUCAAAAUAGCGAAUCAAAAUGAUUUUCGGAGUUUUCACACUUCUUUUAGUUCUUAUACCCGCUCGAUGUGCUAAUUCAAAAACUAUCGAGAUGAAAACCGACUUCAACUUCAAGGGAAUGAUGGUGCCAGUAUUCACCCCAUUCAACAACGAUGCCAAACGCACCAUCAACUACGAUGUCAUCGACAAAUACUGUCAAUACUUGAAGUCCAAAGGUAUGCACGGUGUAUUCGUCAACAGCAUGACUGGUGAGGGUUUGACUUUGACCGUCGAAGAACGUAAAAAGUUGUCGGAAAAAUGGUUCGUAGAGUGCAGUAAAUACGAAUUGAAAGUCGUCGUCAACAUUGGUGGUUUGCCAUUGCCAUAUGUGUACGAAUUGGCUGAACACGCCGAAAAAAUCAAAAUUGAUGCCGUUAUGAUUAUACCAGACAUGUACCACAAACCAAAAACCGCCGAAAACUUGGUAUACUACUUGAAAGAUGUCAAAAAUUACAUGCCAACCCGUCCAAUCUUCUACUAUCACAUUCCGAAGACGACUGGAGUCGAAAACAUUAACUGGUACGGCUUCUUGCAAUUGAUGAAAAAAGAAGUUUCAACAUUCGCCGGCUUAUUCUGGGCUGUUGACCACAUUGACCAAGCUAUUCACUUGAAAGAAAAGAUGCCAGAAUACAACUACAUCAUCGCUAUGGGCUCAUCAAUCAUGGGAUACAUGGCUGAAGGAUUCGAAGCAAUCUCAAUGACUGUCAUGAACCUUUACCCAGAAUUGGUGAAAGAGGUCUACGACAACAUGACCCAAUACAAAAUGCAAGAAGCCUAUGAUGCUAGAGAAAAAUUGUACAAAACCAUCUAUGAUUUGUUCGCCAAAGAAAAUUGCAUGGACGACAUCUACACAAUGAAAAAGGAAAUGGACAAAUUAUAUCCAUUCAAAAUGGGACCAGUCCGCAAACCAAACACAUGCUCCAUUGAAAGCAGCCAUAUUCAAUGGCAGCCAUAUCACUGAAAUAAAAUACUUAACACAUGUAAACUAGCAAAUAAUUCUAACAAAAUUAAUAAAGAAAGAACAUAGCAAUUAUUUGCAAA